AUGUCGGAGGUUGCCUCGGGGCUGGCUAGGCGGGCGUACUGGCUGUGUGCUAAGCGUGGCUGCAACGCUUGGAACUGGUGUGACAAGCGGUGGACGUGCAAGGCGUGCGGCACCAGCGCUCCCCCAUGGACGAAGGAGUACCGCUCGGACAAGCCCCCCCCGCGUGUGGACGCAGACGGGUUCGUGCAGCAGCCCAGGGGAAGGGCUGAGCAGCGCGCGGCGAGGCGCUCGGCCUCCCAGCGGGCCCUCUCGGGGAGCACCGCGCCCAGCAGCGCCCCCAACAGCAGGGCACGGCGAGCGCGGCCUUGGGGUGAGGCCAAGACUCAGAUCGAGGAGCUACAGGCGCAGCUCGUGGCGGCCAGGGAGCGCGUCGUCGCGCUCCAGGGGGCCUCGGCGCUCGGGCUCUCAGUGGACUUCCAGCGUGAGGCGGAGAACGCCCUCCAGCAGGGCAAGGACCAGGUUGCCGCCCUGGAGCGGUCCGUCCAGGAGGCCCAGCGGACGGAGCGCCCGCCUCACUCGGUGCUCCACAUUGAGGCCAACGCCAUCCAGAAGGUCGAGCGCCAGCUGGCCACGGCACGCACCAAGAAGGAGAAGCUCCAGCUGCAGGCAUCCGAGCUGCGCGAGCUCAUCGCGGAGAAGCAGGAGCAGCUUUCGGCAGCCGAGUUGGGGGUUGAUGAAGUCACUGGGCAGAUUGCAGAGCUGGAAGAGACCAGGGCCAAGGUCACUCAGCAGGCGAUCCAGCGGGCCAACGCAGCUGUCGGAGGCGUGCCGAGCCCGCUUGGGGACGCCGUCCAGGGGCUGCUCACUCAGGUUGGCGCCCUUUCGGAUCUCCUCAAGCAGCACGGAGCCGAUCUGCCACCCAGGUUUUCGGAGAUCGUCGAGAUUCUCAACACGCAGAAGGAGGCGGUCGCUGACGUGCUCAGGCCCCGAAGCAGCUCGGCCAGGAAGCGUUGGGGCGACAGCGUCGGUGACGACGGCCUCGCGACUGAGGAUGACGACAUGCCGCUCGACAUCGUGGCCUCAGGUGGGCCUGCGGCCGCCCCUCCCGCUGCCGCCCCGCUGGCAGGGCCGACCGCGGCUGGGCCGCCAGCCACGCGGGCCAGGCCAGCGGACGGACCCUACGGCCCUGCAGCGGCCCGCGGCCAACACGGGGCGACCCUGGGCGCGUGGCCGCAGGUGGAGCCCUGCCUCGCAAAGGCCCUCGCCGAGCAAGGGGCGGCCCUCUCGGACGGCGACCCCUUGGCAGCCGUCAUCGGCAAGGCGCCGCUGGUCGGCAGGGCAGGAGGCCUGCAGCUUCGAGCUGGCCUAGUCAUGUUCGGCUGCAAUGGCAACGCUUGGAGCAGGAGCAUUGAAGCCCUCGAGGCCUUCUUCAAGGCGUACGACUACUGGCCCGACGUAGUGGCGCUGCAGGAGACGAGGCCCCCGCAUGAGCGCCUGCCCAGUGCUGCGGCUCAGGCCCGCGGCCUGGGCUACGCGGCCUUCCUCCACGAGGCGGCGCCGACGGAGAAGCAAGGGCCCCAGGCGACCUCAGGCGGCGUGGCGAUUCUGGUGCGAGACGGCUUGCAGGCCGACGAGUCUGCGUACCCUUUGCCCUCGGCCUUGCGACACCGCCUCAUCGGGGUGGAGGUCGCCGCCGCUUCGGGCCUUCGGGUCCUGGUGCUUGCUGGGCACUUUCAGCACUCUGUGGGCCCUCGAGGCACCAACCUGGACUUGUUUUCGGCCAUCUCGGAGGUGACGGGCUCUUCUGCCGACAUCCCGUGGGUCCUCCAGGCCGACUUCAACAUGGAGCCCGAGCCGCUGGAGGAGUUGGGGUGGCCCGCUGCGGUGCGGGGGCAUGUCCUGGGGCCCUCGGAGGCGACGUGCCAUGCCGAGGGAUGUGACCACCUCUACGACUGGUUCGUGGCUUCCGCGGCGUUGGCUGCUUGCACGGCCUCCUGCGCCACCACGCUCGAGGGCUUCGGUCUGCACCCUCAUCGCCCUGUCCUGCUUCGUCUCCAGGACGUUCGGGCAGAUGCGUUGGUGGAGGUUCCGUCCAGGCCCGCACGCUUCCCCGAGGUUGCUCCUGAGCUCCUUCGGGCGCACGAGGACGCGGAGAUUGUGUGCUACUCGGUUGGCAAGAAAGGACAGGUCUCGCCUAGGAGCGUCGCGUGGUCCUGGGACACAGGCACCUCACCGACCAACCUCUCCGUCGCCUUCAGCGAGUGGGCGGCGGCUGCAGAAGGCACCCUGGUCGGCAUCCACGGCAUCGUCCAGGCAGACUUGGCCCGUCAUCUCGGCAGAGGAGAGGGGCCGCGGCUGACCCUCAAGCCCCUCAGUGCCUUGGUCAGGCGAGAUGCCAGGUUCAGGUUCAGCCUCCUCACGCACCGCUUGAGGAGCUGCCUGGACGUGGCCCUCCAGCGGCUGCGCGCUGAGAGGACUGGCCGCUGGCACCCUCGGCAUGCAGACUGGUACGGGCACCAGGCUGGGCUCAGGGCGCAGCUCUUGCUAGAGGCGGUGCAGGAGGCUGCCGACUCGGUCGGUGGGGCUCUUCCUGGCGCAGCUCCUGAUCGACUAGGCGACCUGGUGUUCCAGGCGGGCGUCCACGGCAGCCCUGAUGCCGUUCGGGACCUCCAAGGGCUGCUCGGUGCAUCGCAGCGCCGCGACGCGGCUCAGAGCGCCCAGGCCUGGCGCAACUGGGCACAGACAGCGGUCGAGAAGGGCGGUCGUCUGGCCCACCGCUUCUCGAAGGCGACGCCCCCGCCGACGGUCAGGGACGCUGACUCUGGCAGGAGGCUCGUCGGGAUGGCAGCGAUCGGCGAGCUCACGAGUGUCUGGCAGAAGCUGUGGCUCCAGGACGGGUUUGCCCUGGGCGCGGGGGCCAGCAGCUGGGACGUUGGCGAGUGGCGGCUGCCACCCAUCUCGCUGGAGCAGCUCCAGGCGGCCUGCAAGCGCUACAGCCCCUCGGUGGGGCUCGGGUGCGACUCUCUGCACCCUCGGCAGAUCCUCCUGCUGCCCGUGGCGCUGCAGCAGCGCAUCCUGGACAUCCUGGCGGCCUACGACGACGCCCCUGCAUCGAUCAGCGGGCAGGCGAACCAGCAGUUCGAGGCCGCGAGCCUCUUCCUGGACAUCAGCAAGUUCUACGAGCACGUGCGUCACGAUGUUCUCUGGGCGAAUGCUGUACGUUUCGGGUUCAACCUCAGGCUGUUGCGCGGCCUCCUCACCUCCUACCAGGCCCCUAGGAUGAUCCUCGCGGCGGGCAUGGCUUCCCCCGCCUUCGGCACUACGGGUACGGUUCUGGCUGGGUGUGCGUGUGCGACAGCAGUUGCGAAGCUCCCAGUGCUGGGCGCCCUCCUGGCCGCCGGGGCGACGUGCCCGCUGGUCACGCCGAGGAAUGUUGUCGACGACAUCUCGCUCCAGGCGGUCGGCACGGCCCGCCUAGUUAAACGGCAGAUGUUGGUUUCCAGCUGUGAAGUGGUCCGCCUGCUGCGUGAGCAGCACCUCCCGCUCAACGAGAGUAAGUCGGUCUUCCUGGCCUCGUCGCCGCAGCUCGCCAAGGAGCUUUCCGAGGCGUGGGCAGCGCAGGGCCUGGCCUUCAAGAGGGGACUGCAGGCGAGGAACCUCGGCACCGACGCCAACAUCACUCGUCGAGGCGUGCAUGAAGGAGCAGGGCGUGCGGUCGGCGGCCUUCGGCGCGGCCGCAGGCUUGGGGUGCUUCGCUCAGCUGGGGCGGCGACCGAGAUGGUCCACCGUGCUGGGCCCACCGCAGCGAUGCUGUGGGGGCGUGCUGUGACUGGUGUACCUGAUAGGGAGCUUCAUUCGUGGCGCUUGGCGGCGGUGCGCUCGGCUGGGAAGCUCCCCAAGGGCGCCUCACUCGGGCUGAGGCUCAGGGCGGUGGAGGUCAUGCGGUCCAUCGACCUCGACCCGAGCCCCGCGCUGCUUCGUGCCGCUGUGCAGAUGGCGGCCAGCCUCCUUCAGUCGGGGGAGGUCUCGCAGCGCAUGUUCGAGACGGCCGUGCAGGAGGCGGAGCGGAGGCACGCGGGAGCAACAGCCCCAUGGGCGCACUGCCGUACGCCAGUGGAUGCCUUGGCCCUCUCGCUCACCAGGGUGGGCUGGAGGCUCGUCCAAGGCACCUGCCUCGCCACCGACGACGGCCACGUCCUGGACCUGCGCAUGAUGGGGCCGCGCGAGCUGGGCCUGCUGGCAGCGGCAGGGGCGCGGCGUGCUUCGGACAGGUCGGAGCUGGCCCGCCUAGGCCACGGAGCGCUCCCCCCGUCGCCCCUGUUCUGGGAGGCCUUCUCGGAGGUCCUCGGGUCGGGCAGCAAGCUCAGCCCCAGGGAGAAGGCGGCGGUGGUGAGUUUCCUUUCCAACGCCCACUGGUCGGAUGCCAUGGCUGUCGUGUGGCACAAUCGCCCCGCUGACGGGCUCCUCGGGGGGCGUCUCUACCUGGAUGGGUCGGCGCUCGACCCCGAGCACGCGAGCCUGCGGCGUGCAGGAUGGAGCAUCGUGCAGUGCGACUCCGACGGCAACAUGGAGUGCGCGGUGUACGGCAGCGUGCGCCAAGACCUCUGCCCUUUCCAGUCGGCCAAGGACGGCGAGGAUUUCGCGGUCUGGAUGCUGUCCCGCUUCCUGGGCCCGUGUGUGGACGAGAUCCUCAUCGAUUGUGCGUCUACGGUCAGCUGCCUCACGUUGGGCAAGAAGUACGCGACGGCAGCCAACAAGCCCAAUGCCCAUCUCUGGGAGGGGAUCUACGCUUCGCUGGACGUGGACAUGCUCAAGGUUACCAAAGUGGCAGCCCACUGCACCGCCUGUGACGUGUUGGAUGGCAAGAUCACGGAGGCGGACCUCCGCGGCAACGGUCAUGCCGACCGCUGGGCCAAGGCAGGUGCGGAGCUGCACCGCUCCAGCCCCGUGGCCAGGCGUGAGUUCUUCGGCACGAUGGAGGUGGUGAGGGAGCUCUCAUGCUGGGUGGCGCAAGCCUCCCUCAUCUGGCAGGGGAUCGAGGUCAAGGACUGCGAGGGCCUGCCUGAGGGCAGCGAGCGGACGGCUGUUUCCUUCGCCGCGCCUGUGGUGGAGCCCGCCAGCAGCCGCCAGUCCGACUCGGGCUCGGGCGACGGGUGGGCCUCGGCGGCGCGCGCUGGUGGAGUAUCCCUCGGUGCGACGGCCUUCGUCGUCGCUGGCCACGUCCUGGCCUUCGCCAGGUGCGGGGAGGGUGCCGCCGAGCAGGAGCUGAUGGCGUGCACCCACUGCGGGGCGUACGCGCGGCUGGGCGGGCGCUCAGGCGCGGCGCCCAAGCUCAAGGAGCAAUGCCCAGGGUCUGCUGGGCUUCCCAAGGGCAGGCGCGACCAGAAGGCACGCUGGCUGCAGGGGCGGCAUCCUGCUGGCACGCCCCACAGCGGCAGCAAGCGGGUCGGCGCGGCGGUGCCCAGCCUGCGCAAGGAGGACGUGGUGCCGAUGGACGCCAGGGUGCGCUUCCUGCAGUGGCUGGGGGUCCGCCCCGAGGAUGGUGCCCCUGGCGGCGAUGCCGCCGGCGCCAGCCGCGGGCCCCCCAGCGGCGCGGCGGCCGCUGGCGAGGCUGCGGCGGCGUCGCUGGUGCCUGGCCCCGCGGGGGCCUCGAGGGAGGCAUGGCUGAGCGCCUACGGCCUGGACGAGGCGAGCCUCCUCGAGUGGUCAGCCGCGGCUGAGGCGGCGCGCGAGGCUGACGGCGAGGGCUGGGUCGACCAGCCGCGCGGGCGCCGUGCCCAGCGGCAGGCGCGAGGCGCUGCCAGGGCGGCGUCGGCCAAGUCGCAGACGUCCGCCGCCAGCGGCGCGCCCUCCAGCGGCGGCGGCGCCACGGCGAUCGAACGGCUGCAGGCGGCGGUCGAGCAGCUCGAGGCGUUCCUGGCGGCGCCGCCAGACGGGGUCGACGGCUGCUUCACCGACGUCGUGGCCAGCCAGCUCGAGGCCAAGCGGGGCCAGCUGGCCCAGGCGGAGCGUGAGGCGGCCGAGCAGAAGGCGUCGUCGCUCCCUCGGUCGGCGCUGCUGCACAAGGAGCCCAACGCCAUCAGCAAGGUCGAGAAGAGGAUGCGGGCAGCCCGCAAGGUCCUGGAGGACAAGCGGGCAGCCCGCGACCUCGCCGAGGCCCAGCUCCAGAAGGCGCAGGAGGAGCUGGCCACUCUCGAGGGCGAGGUGGAGGAGGCAGCCCGCGCCCUCCAGGCCUUGGAGGAUGCUGCUCGAGAUGAAGAAGAGACCCUGCAGCGGCAGCGCGCCUCCCAGCUGGCCACGUCCAGCCAGAUCCCAGGGCUGCUCGCACAGCUCGAGAGGUUGCCCGAGGCCUGGCGGAGCAACAACUUCGAGGUGGCGUGGGCGGCGAUCUGCGCCCAGACGGCUGCGGCCCGCUCGCAGCUGGAGGGCCCCCCUGCGCGGCCUCGGCGCGAGCGCCGGGCGGAGAGCUGCCCUAUGGGGGGCCUCGUCAGCAGCGGCGGUGAGGGCAGCGACAAACCAGGCGCUCGCGGCGGCGCCUGGGGGCCGCGGCCCGCAGCCGAGCGCGGCCGGGGAGAGCGCCGCGGCGAUGCGCAGGGCGAUUGGCCGCACGUGGCCGAGGCCUGCAGACGCGAGCUGGCGGCCGAGCUCCCACCGGCGCCAGGCGAGACGGCAGCAGCCAAGCGGCAGGUCCGCUGCGGCCUGGAGGUCCUGGGUAUCAACGGCAAUGCGCGGCGCCGCAGCCUGGAGGUCCUCGAGGCUUUCGUGUGCCGCGAGGGCUCGCGGCCCCACCUUGUGCUGCUCCAGGAGACCCGCCUGGCCCCGCACCAGCUGCUGGCGGCGCGCAGCAGGGCCAGGGGCUUGGGAGGCGAGGUGAGCUGGCAGGCCCCAGGCGACCUCCGACACCGCAUCAUCGGGGUCACUGUCGCGGCGGCGUCUGGGCUGGAGUUGCUCGCGCGUUCCCUCUACCUGCAGGACGGGCUGGGGCCCAAGGGCGUCAACCUGGACAUCUUCGCCGCCUUCGGGGGCACGGUGCUCGCCGUGGGGCUGCCCUGGCUGGCGCAAGGGGACUUCGACAUGGAGCCUGGCACCCUGCGCGAGCUCGGCUGGCCCACUGCGCAGCGCGGAGCGUACAUCGGCCCGUCGGAGACCACGUGCAGAGCUCAAGGGGCCGAGCAUGUGCACGACUGGUUCGCGGGCUCCUACUGCCUCGCCCACGGGACCGUGGAGGCAGCUGCGUUGGAUGGGUUUGCGCUCUUCCCCCACAAGCCAGUGCGCUUGCUGCUGCAGGGCGCCAGGCCCGACGCGCCGGUGCAGGUGCUCGUCCGCCCUGGGCGCUCCCCCGACGCUGACGCCGACGACUGCCGCGAGCGGGGGGGCGCUGCGGCCCAGGUGCGCCGCCGCGUCGGGCGCGCCAGGUGGCGGGCGCACCCCUGUAGCUGGAGCUGGGAGGUCGGCCCCCUUCCGCCCGACCUGCCCACGGCGGCGCGCCAGUGGACUGAGGCGGUGGAGAGCACGCUGGUCGGGAUCCACGGGGUCCAGUCCAAGGACUUCAAGCGCUUCCUCGGCAGAGCGGGGGGGCCCAGGCGUGUCCUCAAGCCCUUCAGCGCCGCGGUGAAGCGUGAGCGCCGCCAUCGGCACUCGGCGCUCACGCGCAGCAUCCGCCAGGCCGAGCGCGCGACGCACCUCCUCGAGGAGACCGCCGCCGCAGCUUGCCAGGAGGAGGAUAUCGAGGCCCUCAGCUUCGACACCAGCGAGCGGGGCGACUUUGUCAGCCAGGCGGGGGUGCUCGGGCACGGCGGCGCCAUUCAGGCCCCCCAGCUGCGCCUCGCGGCUUCCCGGCGCCGCGACGGCGCCAGGGGCGCGGCGACUUGGCGGGCCUGGGCCAAGGAGGCGGUCCAGCGCGGGGGCAGGCUGGCCCGCAGGUUCGCGAGGGCCGUGCCGCUCCCGAAGGCAGUCGACCCCGCCACGGGUAGGCCGCUGGCGGGCAUGCUGGCCGUCGAGCAGCUGGAGGCGACCUGGCAGGAGCUGCGGCAGCAGGACGGUUUCGCAGCAGGUGCAGGCGUCGGCGGCAGGGACAUCCAAGGCUGGGAGAUGCCCCCCAUCGCGCUCGAGAUGCCGCAGGUAGCCUGCAGGCGCUACUCACCGACUGCGGGCCUGGGAGCCGACCAGCUGCAUCCGCGGCAGCUGGUGCUGCUGCCCGUGGCCUUGCAGCUGAGGUGCCUGGACAUCCUCGCCGCCUAUGAGGAGCGGCCGCGGGCGCUGGGGGCGCUCGCGACCAUGAUGGUGUUCGUUCCCAAGGCCGACGGAGGGGUGCGGCCUAUCGCCCUCAUCCCGCUCCUGCUCCGCCUCUGGAGCCGCCUCAGGCAGCCCGCAUGUGCGCUGUGCGAGGCGGAGCACGACUAUCGGUUCUUCUGGGGCAAGGCGGAUCGAGGCUGCGAGAAGGCAGGGUGGCUCCACAACCAGUUCGCGGCUUUCGCCCGCGAGAGCGGGCUUGCCGCGGCCAGCCCCUUCUUGGACAUCGCGAAGUUCUACGAGAACCUGCGGCACGACGUGCUCUGGAGCUGCGCCAUCGAGCAUGGUUUCAACCUCUGCCUGCCGCGGGGGCUGCUCGUGAUGUGCCAGAGCCCCAGGUUCAUCGGCCUCGUUGGCCUCGCCUCCGACACUUUCGGCACGCGGGGCGCGGUGCUAGCGGGCUGUGCGUGCGCCACGACGGUCGCCAGGCUGCCUGUGCUGGGGGCGCCCCGCGCUGCUUCUGCCAGGGGCAGGCCUCUAGUUGUGGCCCGCAACGUCGUCGACGACAUCGCGCUGCAGGCCGUGGGCACGGAGAGGCUGGUGGCCGCCCAGCUCGGCAGCGCAGGGGUAGAGGUCGCCCAGCUCCUAGGGGAGCGGCACCUCCCCCUCAGUGCUGCCAAGACGUCGUUCCUCGCCUCCAGCCCAGGCCUAGCGCGGCAGUUUGGGCAACGCUGGCAGGCGCACGGCUGGGAGUUCAAGCGCGCCCUGCAGGCCAGGAACCUCGGCGCGGGCGCCAGCGUCACCAGGCGAGGGGUCCACGAAGGCCGAGCCCGUGCCGCUGGGGCCCUGCAGCGCGCCAGGCGGCCUCGCUGCCCCAAGGCGGCAGGCGCGGAGGUCGACCUCAUCCACAAGGCAUGGCCGACGGCCAGCAUGAUCUGGGGGCGCACGGUGACGGGCAUCGCGGACGGGGAGCUACACUGCUGGCGGCCCACUGCGUGCCGCAGCGCUGGGCGGCUGCCGUGCGGCGCAGCCCUGGGCCUGAGGCGUCGCUAUCUGGAGCUGCGGCGACGACGCGACCUAGACCCGAUGGUGCUCGUUGCGAGCUACGCGGUGCAGAUUCUGGCGGCGCUGCUCCAGUCGGGGGAGCUGUCCCUGCGCAUGCUGAAGCGCGGGCUGGAGGCGGCAGCAGCCCGACACGCCGAGGCCGCGUCGCCGUGGGUGCACUGCGCGUCCCUUGUGGAUGCAGCGGUGCUCACCAUGGCCAGGAUCGGGCGGCGCUUCGAGUCGGAGCGGUGCCUUGUCACGGACCUCGGGGACAAGCUGGACUUCGCGCUCCCGGGCCCGCGCGAGCUGGGGUUCGAGGCAGGGCUCGGGGCGCGCCGCGCCUCAGACCGUCAUGAGAUGCGGGAGCUCUCCCGCAGCGCAACGUCCCAGGGGCCGCUGUUCCGGGAUGCCAUCGCGCCGCUGCUCCAACGCGCACUGGACGCAGACGCCGUGAGCACGUGGUGGAUCCGCAGGCCGCCCGACGACAGGCUGAAUGGGAAGCUGUACUUGGACAGCUCGGCUCUCGAGCCGCACUUCGGCGCCCUAUGCCGAGCGGGCUGGGCCAUGGCGCAUUGCGACGACGACGGGAACCUCGCCGCGGGCGUCUACGGCACGGUGAGGCGGGACCUCUGCCCGCAGCAGACGGCCAAGGACGGGGGGGACUUUGCGGUGUGGAUGCUAGCCAACUAUGCGGGGCCAGCGGUAGAGGAGGUCCACAUCGAUUGCAGCUCCACCGUUUCCUGCCUCGUGCGGGGCCGAGCCUGCGCUACGGCGCCCAGCAGGGCCAAUUCUCACCUCUGGAGCAGGAUCCACGCGGCCUUCGAGCCUGGCUCUUUUGCAUUGCGGAAGUUGCCCUCGCACUGCAGCCGCCAGGCCGUGCUGGAUGGGCGCCUCACCGAGGCCCAGCAGCGCGGGAACGACCGCGCCGACCGCCUCGCCAAGAUGGGAGCCAGGCUGCUCGCCGGCGGCCUGGCUGCCCCGGCUGAGGUGCGCUUCGAUGUGCCGCCAGACCCGCAGGCCCCGCUUGCUGAGGAGGGCCCAGAGCCCAAGAGGCCGCGCCUGGAGAGCGCUCGCUCGGCCGGCAGCGCCGCGGCCCUCUCGGCUGGUGCGGCGGCCUUUAGCAUCCUCGGGCACGCCCUCAGCUACGCCUGCUGCGGCGACGGCGAGCAGACCCAGGAGCUGGUGGCGUGCACCAAGUGCGGCGCCCACAUGGUGCUGGGAGGCCGCUCGGGGGUCAAGCCACGGCUGAAGGGGCCCUGCCUGGCCGACAGGACGGACGAGAGCGGGCGCAACCAGCGCAGCUUGUGGGAGCGCGGACUCCACCAAGGUGGAAGGCCGCGGUCGGCGAAGCAGCCCCUCCGAGGGCACGGGCCGUUGCCAGCAGAUGCCCAGGAGCGCGACCUGGAGUGGCUUGGGGUCCUGGCCGAGCAGCCAGCGGCAAGCGGCGCGGGCGCCAGUGCCGCGGGCCCCAGCGGAGCCGCAGGUGCGAGCGGGCACGAGGCCGAGCGCCUGCGCGCCGAGGCCGCCGCUGGCCCUCAGGCCGCGCCUGGCGGCGGCGGCAGAGCGCCUGGAGCCAGCGGCGCGCCUGCGCCUGUGGCUUCGGGGGUGGCGGCAGGCGGCCGAGGCGCUGUGGCCCGCGACGACCUCCUGGCGGCCCACGGCCUGAGCGAGGCCGAGCUGACCGCCAGCGCUCAGGCCGCUGUCAGUGCGGUCGCGCGCAGGCGUGUGCGCCGCCGCACGGACCGCCUCGGCGCCAGGGCCGAG